AGCAUGCCCAUGGUUGUUACUAGACGCCGAAAAUAGAAACCGGAAGACAUUAGCUUUGUCUGGUAGCGGUCAGUAUCAAUAACAUGGCGAGGUUGAGACUACUAAAUACAUAGUCGAUAUAAGUAUUGUGUUUUUAAUGCACGCUUCUAACGACUCCAGCUUUUCUUUAGCUAGUUUUGCAUCUCCAUGUUCAAUCGUGCUCUUGUCAUGUCAAACCGUUAAACAUAAAACUGCUAACACUUAUUUAUAAUAUGAGUAGUGCUUUCAACUAAAAGCACACUGUGUUUACUUUUCCCAUUUUCGACGACUAUUUCAGCUUUAUGUAAACAACUGAGGUAAGGCAAUAACUUUUACAGCAACUACGUGGCAGUGGUUGACGUGCCGGCAUAUGCGACGCUUGCUGUCUUUACGUUGCAACUUUACGUUGAAAGAAUGAGUGUAGCUAAAAUGAGGAACAUUAUUAUGCUAUCCCUGCUACUGAUCACCAUGCAACACAAGAUAUCUGCAUCCAAGGGUGUCACAGCAAGCCUGAAAGCCAAGUGGCAGACGACACCAUUUCUUUUGGAGACAAGUGAGUUCAUUGGAGAGGAUGGCAAUGAAAAAUUCUGGCAGUUUGUCGACACGGUGAAGGAGCUCACUGUGUACAAGCAAGGAGAGUCUGUCCGCUCGUACUACAACUUAAUUAUUAAGAAAGCAAACCAGUUCCUCACGGAUCUUCAAGUGAACCUUCUGAAAUUUGCGCUCGCUCUGCGCUUCUACUCACCAGCUGUUCAUGCUUUGCAGCAGAUAGCCAGUGAUGAACCUCCGCCGGAAGCCUGUCCCGCUUUUGUCUCCAUUCAUGGCCAACAUAGCUGCAGCACAAAAAACAUCAAGAAGCUCCUGAAGGCAGCCGCAGGCAGGCCCAAACCGUAUUUGUACAACAGUGAUCAUAUAUAUCCAGGGGCAAAUAAAACCGAUGUCCCUGUCGCAAUCUUGUACGCCGAGAUCGGAACCAAGAAGUUCAGCACCUUUCACACCGCGCUGACGGAGAAGGCUGAUGGGGGCGCUCUUACAUACGUACUGCGGCAUUUUGUGGCGAACCCAAAGCAGCAGAAGAUGCUCUUGUCGGGCUAUGGCGUGGAGCUAGCAAUCAAAAGCACAGAAUACAAAGCAGUGGACGACACCGAAGUCAAAGAUUCAAAGACAUUCAUUCAUACGGAAGAUGGUGAUAACGAUGAAGUCCAAGGAUUCUUUUUUGGAACAUUAAAGAAAUCUCAUCCAGAACUCCAGGAUCAACUUGCUGAACUUCGUAAGCAUCUCCUGGAUAGCACCAAUGACAUGGCACCUCUCAAGGUGUGGGAGCUGCAAGACCUGAGCUUCCAAGCAGCUGCUAGAAUCCUGUCCGUGCCGAAGUUUGAUGCUUUGAAGCUCAUGCGGGACAUCAGUCAAAAUUUUCCAACCAAGGCAAGAUCACUGACAAGAGUGGCCGUAAAGAAUGAGAUGAGAAAAGAAAUUGAAGAGAACCAAAAGCAUCUCAGCGAGGCGAUUGGUGUUCAUCCAGGAGACGGAGAGCUCUUCAUCAACGGUCUGCACAUCGAUCUGGACGUUCACAACCCUUUCAGCAUUUUGGAGAUCCUCAGAGGAGAGGCCAGGGUCUUGGAGGGUCUUCACAACUUGGGUGUAAACGGAGAGCAUCAGAGCAGACUUCUAAAAUCACCUGUGAACCACGUGACAGACAGCUACGCAUUAGAUAUUAGACAUCCAGCUAUAAUGUGGAUGAAUGACAUUGAGAAUGACCCGAUGUACAGCAGCUGGCCGGCGGCUGUCCAGGAGCUGCUGAGAACCGCCUUCCCUGGAGUCAUACGACAGAUCAGACGGAAUCUUUUCAACUUGGUGCUAUUCCUCGAUCCGGAAGAGGAGAAAAGUGUCGAGUUGGUGAAACUCGCCCAUCUCUUCUACAAACACAAGAUCCCCCUGAGAAUUGGAUAUGUGUUUGUUGUCAACCGCGACGAUGAGAUUGAUGGCUUCUCAGAUGCCGGGGUCGGCUUUUACCGACUUCUGAAUUACAUCGCAGACGAGUAUGAUUUAUCCCAGGCGUUGAUAUCCGUGGCCUCAUUGUACAGCAGAGUCGAUGAAGGGGAGACACUGACGGCUGACACGAUCACGACCUUCCUGAAGAGUAAAUUCCCUAAAGCCAACGCCGAAAUGAUCCUCGGAGCCGAAUCGGAAUAUGACGCCAAAAGGAAGGAUGGUGCACUCUUUUACAGAAAGAGUGGCCUCGGCGCCCUUCCUCUGGCUUUAUUUAAUGGAGUCCCCCUGAGUCCAGAUGAGAUGGAACCCAAUGAGCUGGAGAGUGUCAUCUUGCAGCGCAUUAUGGACUCCACCACUACCUUCCAGAGAGCUGUUUUUAUGGGUCAGCUGACUGAGGGCACAGACGUGGUCGAUUACCUAAUGGAUCAGGCCAAUGUAGUACCCAGAAUGAACCCACUUAUUUUAAGUACAAGCCGGAAGUACCUGGACUUCACCGCCACGCCAGUUGUGAAUGACUGGGAGGACACGAGUAUGUUUUCAUUCCUGGAUUCCAGAGACAAAACCGCUGUGAUGGCGAAGCGAAUGAAAUAUUUUACUAAUAACGAUGACGACAGCAUUAGCACUGUGACAAUGUGGAUUGUAGGUGAUUUUGAGAAAGCCACUGGAAGAAAAUUGUUGCUUGGCGCCUUGAAACAUUUGAGAGCCAGCCCUGGAGUGCGUGUGGGGGUGAUAGAUAAUCCCAGUGGAAGGCCCAGCGAAGAUAACACGGUGCUGUACCGGGCUAUCUGGGCUUCUCUCCUCACCCAGAAGAAUAAAGCUGCAGCUGAGUUUGUGCAAAAACUUCUCAGGGAGGAAAGUAACCAGCUCCUCCAGCAGGGGACCAAGAUGAAGAACUUGCUGCUGCAGGGCAUGGACUCUGAUUCCUUUGAGAAGAAGUUCAACACUCUAGAAGUGGAUUUUGUCCGCAGUCAGCAGCUCUUCUGUCGGGAAGUCCUAAAACUGAGUGCUGGCCAGGGUGCGGUCAUCAGCAAUGGCAGGCUUCUCGGGCCACUCGAGGAGCAAGAGGAAUUCACUGCAGAGGAUUUCCAAUUGCUGGAGAAGAUUACUCGAAGCGGCUCUGCAGGGAAAGUCAAAGUCCAAGUUAAACUGAUGGGGAUGAAGCCAAAGCACGCCAGUGACUUGGUCAUGAAGGUUGAUGCCCUCCUAACCGCGGCCCCUAAGGGGGAUCUCAGAAGGGAUGUGACCUUCCUCCAAGACGUACACAGUGUUCUCCAGCUCUCGCCACGUGAAAACGAAGUGUUUUUCGAUGUGGUGGCCAUUGUUGACCCACUUACCAGAGCGGCGCAGAAGAUGUCCACUCUGUUGAUUGUGCUCAGUCAAGUGGUCAACUUAAGGCUGCGGUUGUUCAUGAAUUGCAGGGCCAAGUUGUCCGAGAUGCCCCUCAAGAGCUUUUACUCCUUCGUGUUGGAGUCUGACAUCACCUUCUUGGCCAAUGACACAGUGUCUGCCGGUCCGGUGGCACGCUUCACAGAGCUCCCCGAAUCUCCACUUCUCACUCUUAAUAUGAUCACACCGGAGGGCUGGAUGGUGCAGGCCCUGCGCAGCCCCCACGACUUGGAUAACAUCCACCUCCUGGAGGUGAGUGGGGCCGUGACAGCAGAGUACGAGUUGGAGCACCUCUUGCUGGAGGGUCACUGCUUCGACUUGUCAACCGGUCAGCCUCCCCGCGGCCUGCAGUUUACCUUGGGCACGAGUCGAGACCCGCUCAUGUAUGACACCAUCGUCAUGGCUAACCUGGGGUAUUUCCAGCUGAAAGCCAAUCCCGGUGCCUGGACGCUAAGACUACGUAAAGGACGAUCAGAGGACAUCUACCAGAUUCUUUCUCAUGAUGGAACUGAUUCCCCGGAUGACGCCGACGAUGUCGUCGUGCUGCUGAACAGUUUUCACAGUAAGAUCAUUAAAGUCAGGGUCCAGAAAAAGGCAGAGAAGAUGAAUGAAGAUCUUUUAAGUGAAACGAGUGAAAGCAAAGGCCUGUGGGACUCCCUUGCGAGCAUCGCAGGAGGAGGCUCCAAGAAGAACGACGGAGAAAAGAAGAAGAAGGAGGAUGUUCUAAACAUAUUUUCAGUCGCCUCCGGUCAUCUGUACGAGCGCUUUCUGAGGAUCAUGAUGCUGUCCGUCCUUCGCCAUACCGAAACGCCUGUCAAGUUCUGGUUUCUCAAGAAUUACCUCUCACCCUCGUUCAAGGAGACCAUCCCUCACAUGGCGGAGUCGUACGGUUUUCAGUAUGAACUGGUCCAGUACAAGUGGCCACGUUGGCUCCACCAGCAAACAGAGAAGCAGCGCAUCAUCUGGGGCUACAAGAUCCUCUUCCUGGACGUUCUCUUCCCUUUGGCCGUGGACAAGAUCAUCUUUGUGGACGCCGACCAGAUAGUACGAGCUGAUUUGAAGGAGCUGCGGGAUCUGGACCUGGAGGGCUCGCCGUAUGGAUACACCCCUUUUUGUGACAGCCGCGAAGAAAUGGACGGCUAUCGAUUUUGGAAAAGCGGCUAUUGGGCGUCGCAUCUGGGACACAGGAAGUACCACAUCAGCGCCCUCUACGUGGUCGAUUUGAAGAAGUUCCGCAAGAUCGCUGCUGGGGACCGACUGCGAGGCCAGUACCAAGCUCUGAGCCAGGAUCCUAACAGUUUAUCAAACCUGGACCAGGACCUCCCCAACAACAUGAUCCACCAGGUGACCAUCAAGUCUCUCCCUCAAGAGUGGCUGUGGUGCGAGACUUGGUGUGACGACGCCUCCAAAGUCUCAGCCAAGACCAUCGACCUGUGCAACAACCCCAAGACCAAAGAGCCCAAACUGAUGGCGGCGGCCAGGAUUGUGCCCGAGUGGGUGAGCUACGACAAGGAAAUCAAACAUCUGCUCAAGCGAUUCCAAGAAGACGUGACGACGACGUCAAAGACAAUGUCGUCGCAACAAAAUAAAGGACACAAGCGUGAUGAACUUUAACAAACGUGGGAAGCUUGAAGACACACCGACCGAUGCCUCAAGUGUUCGUUGCCAAGAGACACCUCCAAAGCACAAAGAAUGUGAUCAGGUUCAUGUUAGCAUCGUUAUGCUAAUUCUUUUAUGAUGUUGUGAUUUUUGUAAACUCGACUGCAAAACUCCAAAAGCUGGAGAAGAACAAGCAGGAUCCGUCGGCAAUUAAAUCCAUCCGUGAGUCUACUAGACAGUCAAGCCUGAAGAACGCCGAGAACCACAUGCCCGCUAUGAAGGUUUGCCAACACUGCACCACCGUGCCAUUUGCCACUGGCUCAAACACUUAGCAAGCAGUAUUAGGGCCAGACGUAUUAUAAAAUUGAAUAUACUGUAAUCAUAAUUUGGACGAGGGAACGUCGUAAUGAAACAAUCUGACACCAGCAGCAGCUAUAAGUUUUUUUUUCUCACAAUAGUACUUUAUUCUUGUAAAAGUCCUUAUUUUGUAAAAAAAAAAAAAAAAUUGUAAAAUUCCCUUUUGUAAAAUAAAAAAAAAAUUUGAUGUUUUUUUUUUUAAGAAAAAUAUUUUUGAAAAGUAAUUUUUUUCAAUAAAAAAAUCUUCACUUUUUUCCACUACAAAAAUGAUAUUUUCAAAGUACUUUUUACAUUUUUGCUUAACUUUUUUCACUAGAAAAAGUUGGAGGUUUUUCUUCAUGGAAAAUGAAUUAUUUAAAGUAUUUUAAAGUAUUAAAAUUCACUUCAAAAUUUUAAGGAUAUAUUUUUUACUUCACGGAAAAUUAAUUAAGUUUUUUUAAAGUUUUUAAAUUUAAAGUCUUUUUCUAGAAAAAUUUCCUUUUUUUCCAAAGUAAUUUUCAAUUUUAAAAAAAAUCUUGCUUCACUUUUUUCACUUCAAUGUUU